GGAGUGAACAUUUAAUGGAUAACAGACAAGAAACAAACAAGGACAGCGUCUGGACAGGGGAAAACGUAAUGACAUCAAUGCUGACAAGGGGAACAAACUGAGGAACAGACAGAUAAAGAAAGGGGAAAUCAACAAAUUGAAGGAGUCCAGGUGAGUCCAAUGAGUCGGAUGCAGUCGAAACGCGUAUCUAUCUGGGACUUUAGACCAGGUUUUUAACACAUCCUCCCCAUCUUCCUCCCUCCACCAGCUGGCACUGAAACAUGAGUGAGUGAGGUAUUGCUUCCCACCAGGAGAAGAAGAGCGUCAGAUGAAUCCUUGGGUUUUCUUGUGGUGGUGUCUGCUGGGGCCAGGGUCUUGCAUGGUCUUCAGGAAUCUGGUGGACAACGGGCCUCCCGAAUGGCGCAGUGGUCUAAGGCUCUGCAUCGCAGUGCUAGCUGUGACACUAGAGAUUCUGGUUUCGAGUCCAGGUUCUGUCGCAGCCUGCUGCGACCGGGAGACCCAUGGGGCGGCGCACAAUUGGCUCAUCGUCGUCCGGGUUAGCGACUCCUGUGGCAGGUCGAGCGCAGUGCAUGCUGACAUGGUCACCAGGUGUUUCCUCUGACACAUUGGUGCGGCUGGCUUAAGGGUUAAGUGGGCAUUAUGUCAAGAAGCAGUGCGGCUUGGUUGGGUUGUGUUAUGGAGGAAGCACAGCUCUCGACCUUCGCCUCUCCCGAGUCUGUACGGAGUUGCAGCGAUGAGACAAAACUGUACUAACAAUUGGAUACCAUGAAAUUGGGGAGAAAAAGGGGUAAUGAUAUGCAUAUAGCCUAUUGACUAUAAUGAUAUGCAUAUAGCCUAUUGACUAUAAUGAUAUGCAUAUAGCCCAUUGACUAUAAUGAUAUGCAUAUAGCCUAUUGACUAUAAUGAUAUGCAUAUAGCCUAUUGACUAUAAUGAUAUGCAUAUAGCCUAUUAGACAAACCAACAAAAUAUGUAAAAUUACAAAUAACGUUCUCCAAACUAUAAUAGGUUGUAGGCUACCCUAAAUGUAUCCAAGUUAAUGAUAAUGAAAAGACUUCAACUCAAUUAGUUAUGGGCUGGACGUUGGCUCUCUGUAGGGUGCUUAUCACACCACUGUAUAACACCCAGCAGAUGGUGCUAAACCCUUAUUCUUGUGGUUCUCAGUUCUGUGUUUUUGCCAGAAAAUGCGGAAGUGAAAUAAUGGAAUUUGAUGCCAUUCCGGAGGACAGGAAUAGGCAACAUGAAUUUAUAUAUUACAAUACAAUAAAAUUAAUAGGAAAUUAAAUAGACAAGCGGAAUAUAUCGCUCAAUCAAAUCAUCACGACAGCCGUGUUGAGAUGGAGAGCCGUCGCACAGUAACACGAAGGUCGAGAAAUCAACACACCAGGUGAGAGAUGAGCUGCAUUUGCAUUGUUGACAACGUUGGUUGGUCUGGGACUGUCGCUGUUAUGGAUUUGCCAUCCAUCCCCAUUGUCUGUCUUAUUAUGAGGCCGCCAGACCAACAUUCAUUUGAUGAGAAGCGAUGGAUUGCCUUCUGGUCUAUCAAAUUGCAACAUUGUAGGCAUAUGCAACCGCAACAAAAGGUUAUGACCAAUAUGCAAAAAUUGUCAUAUAUAUAUAUAUAGAAAGUAUCAACAUUGUAUCAGAGUUGCAUUUUGUUGCCGAAACCAAAAGCGCAGUAACAAUGCAUUUAAUUUCUUACUUCUCCCAACACCACUCCUCCUAAUCUCCACUGCCAAUUUGUAAUUCUAUCCAUGGUCAUAUAUAUUGCCUUGCAGAUUGAUCAAAUUAUAUAUAUUUCGGAAAGCGCCACACGCCUGUAGCCUAGGUGUGGUGCAUCCGAUGGUGGGCUCGAGGGCGUUUUGUGUCAUCAAACGAAAAGUUCCACAUCAUCGCGCUCGGAUUCUUCCACGGAGGCAGAGGGACUGAAGGUGGGACGCCCCCAUGGCCCACGCCCGCUUCCCGGGAAGGACUGCAAACGUGGCUGCUAACCUGACUUCCCCGGUGCUGGGUCGACCACUGUGCUCUAAUGGGACGCCCUGGAUCCUCUAUCUGUUCGAGCAAUGCGUGGAUAAUGUGUGGGAAUACUGGAGCGUAGUCAUCGGGCUGAUCUCAAUGUUCUGUUUCUUGCUGUCUACUCUACCACAAAUCUACGAGGCUUAUCGCAAUGGUAAAGUGGAGGAGGCCAUGUCGUUUGGCUUUCUGCUCUUCCUCUUCAGUGGGGACCUCAGCAGUCUAAUAGGCUGCGUCCUGACCAGCCAGCUGCCCAUCCAGAUUGUGACAGUAGUGUUCUACAUCUUCACUGAUCUCCUGCUCAUCUCCCAGUUCCUCUACUACAAGAUAAAGAACAACUCAUCUAAAAAGCGCCCCAUGUUGAAGUGGUUGUGUUUCCUGUGGUGUGGGGCUUCCACUGUGGCCCUCCUGAUUCUCCCCAAGUUCAUCACUGACAACAACACCUCUGCCAACACUGAGAGUGCCUCUAACAGUGUGGAGAUUUCUGGUUAUGCCUGUGGAUACCUGGCCUCCAUAUUCUACCUCUCCUCUCGUUUUCCACAGCUCUACAAAAAUUUUAAGCGACAGUCUACAGAGGGCACGUCGUACAUGCUGUUUGCCCUGGCCAUGAUGGGCAACGGGACCUACGGGCUCAGUGUCAUUGUGGUUCUACCAGCUCUGGCCGGCUCCAAACAGGCCUUCAUUCUCAAACAUCUGGCCUGGCUCAUCGGCAGCCUGGGAGUCCUCCUCCUAGACUUCUUUGUCACCGCCCAGUUCAUCAUCUAUAGGAAGAACCACUCCGCUAAAACCAGCAAGAAGAUGAACGUUCCUGAAGUAGAACCUCUGCUCUGUGAAGAGGAGGAACUGUCCACAUUCUAGAAAACACAUGAAUGAAGGUGUAUCGUUAGAACACAUGAUUGAAGUUCUAGAGUGAGAACACAUGAUUCAAGUUCUAGAGUGAGAAUACAUGAUUGAAGUUCUAGAGUGAGAACACAUGAUUGAAGUUCUAGAGUGAGAACACAUGAUUGAAGUUUUAGAGUGAGAAUACAUGAUUCAAGUUCUAGAGUGAGAACACAUGAUUGAAGUUCUAGAGUGAGAACACAUGAUUCAAGUUCUAGAAUGAGAACACAUGAUUGAAGUUCUAGAGUGAGAAUACUUGAUUGAAAUUCUAGAAUGAGAACAGUAAGAGAUUUCCAGAAAUCGUCUCCAUAAUGCUGAGUGGAGACCUAGAAUAAUCCAACAAAUGUGAUAGUACACCAAUGUUCCCUCCAUUUAAAUCCAGGUGAAUUAAAGGGGCCGUCUUAUGUUUGAGGAAUGUAAUCUCAGUAGAACCAUUCUCUAUUUCUUUGUAAGGGGGCUCAUAUGAUCUAUUCCCUAUGUUUUUUUUUCUUAUUACACUAAAGGCCUAUAGGGUGUGUCUCAGUGUCACAUGCCUCUAGUCUAUGUUUGUCAAUGGUUAGAGGUCCUGUGUUUUCCAGGAUAAGAUCGUCAAUACACUCUGAACUGUUCACACAGCAUUGUCGUCUAGGUAAACAGUACAAGAAGGAAUCAUAACAGGGAUUGUUCCUGUAUGUAGGUUUAAAAAGAUCAUACAUUGCACCAAUGGUAGUGUAUCACAUUGACUAUUGAUGUGCCACAAAGUAGUGGGCUGCACCAACAGUAAUCUAUUUUCCACUUGUGGUGAAUUUGUUAUAGUUUACCUUGGUUCGUUGUAGGAGCAGAUUCCGUUGUAAUUGAAUCCCUAUAUAAGUUGUAGUUGGUAAAUUGCUGUUAGUGUGUUACACAGUGUUUAGAUUGUGAAUAUGCAGUGGCUUAAGCCUGAUAUCCUGUGCCUUGCAUCUACAUAACACUGUUGAACUGAUGAUGUGUGUAGUGUAUUUAUAUGAUUAUGGAGCUUUUCUUUGUUUGCUUUUGAGGAAACUAAUAGGCUCUUUUUUUGGUGCAUCGUUGAGUAGUACGAGUUUGAGUAGUAUGUUGCAGUGGAGGUCGGAGGGCUGUUUGACGUCUUCACACUGGUGCUUUUAAAACAGACGGUUCUUUGGCUGAAAUCUAACCUUUAGAUAAACAUCCUCCUUUCCUUACGUUAUGGCCCAGUUAUGUUACCUUUCAGGGGCCACAAAUAAUGGAAGGAAGGAGGGAGGGUUUUUGGCAGCAUUCAGUCACAGCCUUGAGCAUUGUGUUCUCACCCCUUAUUGUGGAGUUGUGCCAUAACUUGGUAACAUGGAGUCAUGCUGAGAGAAUAGAGCUACUGAUUACCGAUGGUCACAGCACUUUAUUAGUCUGUCAUGGAUGUGAUUGGUUGAUUGACACCACAGAGUUCUCUACCUCUGACCCGGGUUACCCCAUCUUGUUUGAACCGGGUGAAAAGUGAUUGUAUUCCUUUUAGAACCAGGCUGCCUCCCGGAUGUGAGCCAGGUGCCCCGCUCUGGCCCGGCGGCGAAGUCGGCUCAAAACAAAAGUGACGUAAUUAAGCACGUGUAAUGAGUAGGAUUAUGCGUUUUCAAAUGCUAAAGUGAUUACGAUUGAUUAAAAAUCCUUUAUCUGCCUUCCCAAUAAAAAGUAGUUUGAAAAUUCUAACAUUUUAUUUGCCUUGUUGACAACGUGAUUGAGCGGCGCAGAUUACUGUUUGAUUUGAGAAGUGCACUCCUCCCUCCCCGCUUUCACCUGAUGACGUGACAGGCCAUUGCUCGGUUCAACCCAGGCCAGUGUAAUAGAACUCCCUCAGUGACAUAGGAGUCAUGCCUGGUGAAAAUGUAAAUCAAAGCAAAUCAAAAAACAAUUGUUGCAUGAUCCGAAUACAACAGGUGUCGACCUUACCGUGAAAUGCUUACUUACGAGCCCUUAACCAACAAUGCAGAGUAAGAAAAUAUUUGCUUAAUAAACACAAAAUAACAAUAACGAGGCUAUAUAUGGGGGUACCAGCACCAAGUCAAUGUGCAGGGCUACGGGUUAGUCGAGAUAAGACUAGUAUCCCGGAGUCGCCUCUUCACUGUUGACGUUGAGACUGGUGUUUUAAUGAAGCUGCCAGUUGAUGACUUGUCUGUUUCUCAAACUAGACACCCAAAUGUACUUGUUCUCUUGCUCAGUUGUGCACUGGGGCCUCCCACUCCUCUUUCUAUUCUGGUUAGAGCCAGUUUGCGCUGGUCUGUGAAGGGAGUAGUACACACAUCUUCAAUUUCUUGGUAAUUUCUCGCAUGGAAUAGCCUUCAUUUCUCAGAACAAGAAUAGACUGACGAGUUUCAGAAGAAAGUUCUUUGUUUCUGUCCAUUUCGAACCUGUAAUCGAACCCACAAAUGCUGAUGUUCCAGAUACUCAACUAGUCUAAAGAAGGUCAGUUUUAUUGCUUCUUUAAUCAGAACAACAGUUUUCAGCUGUGCUAACAUAAUUGCUAAUGAUCAAUUAGCCUUUUAAAAUGAUAAACUUGGAUUAACUAACACAACGUGCCAUUUGGAACACAGGAGUGAUGGUUGCUGAUAAUGGGUCUCUGUACGCCUACGUAGAUAUUCCAUAAAACAUCAGCCUUUCCAGCUACAAUAGUCAUUUACAACAUUAACAAUGUAUACACUGUAUUUCUGAUCAAUUUCUGAUAUUUUAAUGGACACAUUUUUUUCUUCUCUUUUAAAAACAAGGACAUUUCUAAGUGACCCCAAACUUUGGAACAGUAGUGUACAUGUAGGUAGGGGUAAAGUAACUAUGCAUAGAUAUUUCACCUUUAUUUAACCAGGUAGGGGGUCAAUGCAAAUAGUCCAGGUAGCUAUUUGAUUAACUGUUCAGCAGUCUUAUGACUUGGGGGUAGAAGCUGUUAAGAAGCCUUUUGGACCUAGACUUGGUGCUCCGGUACCGGUUGCCGUGCAGUAACAGAGAGAACAGUCUAUGACUUGGGUGACUGGAGUCUUUGACAAUUUUUAGGGCCUUCCUCUGACACCGCCUGGUAAGGUGGUUCUGGAUGGCAGGAGUCUUGGCCCAAGUGAUGGACUGGGCCGUAUGCACUACCCUCUGUAGCGCCUAGCGGUCGGAUGCCAAGCAGUUGCCAUACCAGGCGGUGAUGUAACCAGUCAGGAUGCUCUCAAUGGUGCAGCUGUAUAACGUUUUGAGGAUCUGAGUACCCAUGCCAAAUAUUUUCAGUCUCCUGAGGGGGAAUAAGAGUUGUCGUGCCCUCUUCACUACUGUCUUGGUGUGUUUGGACCAUGAUAGUUUGUUGUUGAUGUGGACACAAAAGAGCUUGAAGCUCUCAAACCGAUCCACUACAGCCCCGUCGAUGUGAAUGGCGACGUGCUCGGCCCUCCUUUUCCUGUAGUCCAGACUAGUUAAACGUUGGAAGGAAAUAUAAAGGAGUGCUUGUGUUUUAGGAGUGAAAUGUGAUUAAACAUGAUGUGACAAAGUACAGUAUUUAUUGCUAGAGAUAGUCUAGAGUUACAGCUGGGCUUUAAAAAGCACAGUUGUGAUUGGUGGACUUUCCAUGUAAACUUUCAGCCAACCACAAUAUGAAGCAAUAAAUGAGUGUAAAAUAAGGAGUAUUACUACUUUUACGUGAAGUAUUGAAAAAGAUCAACAUUUAGGCUUUGGCUGACCAGCAAAUGAAUGUGGCCAUGAAACAGCAGGAAAUCCAUGAACGAAGAGAAAUUAUGAUGACACUUGUUUUCUCUGUGAUAAACCCGUAGAUAGUUGAAGAUUUAGUUUCUUAUUUUUAUAUUAUUUUAAAGGGUAAUUAUUGGUUGUAUCAGAUGUAACUUUUUUUUCCUUUCUCUUGAUAAAUUAAGUUUUAAUUCUGGUUAGCUCAAAGGCUUUUCUUCAAAGUGUUUCCUAUAGAUAUCUUCCAAAUCAGAAAAUGGAAUAGUGAGAUAUUUAUUUAUUUACAGUCUCAAGAACAAGGAAAAUGUCUGAAAGUGUUUUUACUUGAAUAAUGACACUGUAUUGCUCUUUUAAGAUAACAUGGUAUUUUCUUUUCUUUAUGCUUUAGCCUAUGUUACUUGCAAUAUUUAUUGAAUUAAAUAUAUGUCCCAGUAUCUCAGCUUUGUAGCUCAUUGUACACAAGUUAAGCAUUCCAAUAUGAUGUUUAUGUAACAAACAAACAUCUCAAUACAGUGCAAUAUAUCAAA